AUGAUGGCGGUGAAGUUUACCAAUUGCAGUAGAGAUCCACGUUUAGUUCCCAACUGCGCAAGCAAGCAGCCCAGCUCCCCGCGCGAUCGACGCCAGCCGGCGGCCAAUCGGCGCGCCGCCAUGUCGACCCUCCCGCGCCCCCAGACCCACUCGCACAAAACGUGGCGCAGCCUGUGCCCGCGCCCCGCCCCCCAUUCGCGCGCCCAUUCCAGAUCCCCGCACAGGACCGUCUGCCAAUCCGCGGCUUCGGACGAGGCCAGGGUGAAGUUCAACGACGGCACGGACACGGCCUUCUGUCCGAUCCUGAACGGGUGCUGGCAGCUCGCCGGGGGCCACGGGCAGGAGGUGUUCGAUCACAUCAACGAAAAGUUGACGGCCCAUGCGGAGGCGGGAUUCACGACCUUCGACACGGCGGACAUCUAUGGGCCGUCGGAGUCCAUCCUCGGCAAGUUCCAGGAGCAGUGGGCCGCCUCCGGGCGCCCGCCGCUGCAGCUCUUCACGAAGUACGUGGUGUUCCGUGGGGCGCCCAGCUCGCAGGACGUGUCCUCGGCGGUGCAGAGGUCCAUGGACGCGCUCCGAGUGAAGCAGCUGGAUCUGGUCCAAAUGCAUUGGUGGGACUACGCCGUGCCGGGCAUGGAGGACACGGCGCUGGCGCUUGCGGAUCAGAGGGCCAAGGGCCGAAUAAAGAGUGUGGGCGUCACCAACAUCGACACCCCCAGGCUGGAGAAAAUUCUGGACGCUGGCGUGCCUGUGGUCUCCAAUCAGGUCCAAUUUUCCCUGUUGGAUCGCCGACCCCUGAACGGCAUGAUCCAGCUGUGCCGGGAGCGCGGCAUUAAGCUGCUGACGUACGGCUCGCUGGGGGGCGGCCUCCUGUCAGACAGGUACACCGAGGAGCCGAAGAAGGGGUUGCUGGGGAAUCCAAGGUACAGCAACAUCGAUCUGAACACGAGCAGCCUCAAGAUGUACUGGCGGGUGGCGGAUACUUAUGGCGGCCAGGAUUGGUACCGCCGGCUGCUGCUGGCGCUGAGAGGCGUCGCCGACAAGCACAAUGUCAGCGUCGCAAACGUGGCGCUCAAAUGGGUCAUGGAAGGCGGCCAGCGAAAGGGCAGCGGCGUGGUGCAUCCCAUUGUUGGGCUUAGGAACACGUCCCAUAUAUUGGACAACGCACGGGUUUUUGGGCUGGUGCUGGACCAGGAGGACUUUGACGCCAUCAAUGGGGUCCUGAAAGAGGCUGCAGGACCACCGGGCGACAUUUACUCCUUUGAGAGGGGCUACGUGUGA